UGGCACUGAGCUGAGUCGGUCGGAGCCAGCAGCAGCGUCACUCCCUGACGGCGGCGGCAUCAGAGCAGCACGGACGGCCAUCCGCGCAGCAGCGAGUCGCUCCGGAACUCGGCGGAGGAAGACGGCUCGCGCCUUCGGGACUGACUGCACGGCUACUUUCCGCCUUUGUUGCUCAGUGUCUAAGUAACACCCAGGACCACAAAAGGCUUGCAGCGAACACAAGAUGGUGAUUACCAGCGUGACAUCCCUCAGAAGGACUUCACUGGCCACGGACACGGAGAACAGAUGUUUGCAGUAAAGAGGAGCAGACUGGAGAGGAGGUAGUAACAGGUGCUGCGUGCCAAGGUGGAGUUGGAGGUGUGGAGGAGAGCUGAAGAUCAUGGGUAAAUCAAACAGCAAGCUCAAGCCAGAGGUGGUGGAGGAGUUGACGAGGAAAACCUACUUUACAGAGAAAGAGGUGCAGCAGUGGUACAAAGGCUUCAUUAAAGAUUGUCCGAGCGGGCAGCUGGACGCUCUGGGCUUUCAGAAGAUAUACAAGCAGUUCUUUCCGUUUGGAGACCCCACAAAGUUCGCCUCCUUUGUCUUCAACGUAUUUGAUGAAAAUAAGGAUGGACGCAUCGAGUUCUCUGAGUUCAUCCAGGCCUUGUCAGUGACUUCCCGGGGGACUCUUGAUGAGAAGUUGAGAUGGGCUUUUAAACUCUAUGACCUUGACAAUGACGGCUACAUCACCCGAGACGAGAUGUUGAACAUCGUAGAUGCCAUUUAUCAGAUGGUGGGGAACACUGUGGAGCUGCCAGAAGAAGAAAACACACCAGAGAAACGAGUGGACCGUAUUUUUGCCAUGAUGGACAAGAAUGCCGACGGCAAGCUGACGCUGCAGGAGUUUCAGGAGGGUUCAAAGGCAGACCCUUCCAUCGUUCAGGCUUUGUCUCUCUAUGAUGGACUUGUGUAGGAAUGUAAGAUGGAUCCGACUCAGCAUCCACAGCACCAUCACACCUGCGACGGGAGGGAAAGCCACGUUUAACUCGCUCGCCCAGAAGUGGACCGCAAACUUUUUCGUCGCACAGCGUGCAACAGCAUCCGUGUCAAGUCGCCGUUCGUCUACAUUUCCAGUUCGGAUUGUAAACAAAUGUUUCCUCUGAUGUGACGGCGAAAAGUCAAACGUCAGCAAAACCCUCAGUCAUUUAUCUGUGCUUCUACAGCUCUGUGGCACCGCCUACACCCUUCAGUGUUGUGGACUGUAAGAGCAUUUCUGCAAACGCAGUGUUGUGAUUUCCCGAUGGACUGUCCAUGGAACUGACCCCCCCCCCCCCCCUCCUUCGAGAUGUUAGUGUGAGUCUUGUUCCCAUACUGUAAACCAGGGGAUGCACGUGAAGCACUCAGAGGACAUGUGCCGCUGCUUCGCCGCCACAUGGAGAGACUCCAACCCUCUGGAAACAUGUGUUCCUUGGUGAUAAUGUGAGCACUCACUAAAAGCCACAGAGCAGUAUAGUGGACAUUAUAUAAUGUAAUUCAUCUUCUGCUUUUGCUGCGUUUAUGGGAAGUUCCUCAUAAGUAUGGAAUGAAGUUUUAUUUUUGAUCAAAGGUGUUGAAAUGUAUUGCUCUGUAUUACUCAUUGUUUCGGGAUUACUUUUCUUCUCACGCUGCGAGCGUUCCUUUCCCUGAGAGAAUGGGCUUUUUAUUUAAAGAAGAGUGUCUAUGGAUUAUUUUACUAUGUUUGCAUCCUAUUGUGUUUCCACUUCCCCGUUAGCACUAGCGUCUAGUGUCUGCAGUGUUGCACAUCCUGAAUGACAUGACCAAGCAACACAGCGAAGUCUCACAGCUUACAUCUGAACUGAGGCUCAUUAUUUCUUUUGAGAGCGUGGUACUCCACCCUCCACCCUCCACCCUCCGCACACACAAAGCCCUGGUCAUCGAGACUCAGGCGCAAACAGACAUCAAUUCUGGUUGUAAAGCUUUUUGCGAGCUCUGUGGUUGCAAUUGUCCACUUUGUAUUUGUCCUGUGCGAGGCCAGAGCAUGUGAUGAUGCCUUUUUAUUUCCAUUGUUGGAAUGUUUUAGUUACAGCAUUAAGAUGUUUUGUCAGCUUCACUGAUUUCAUGCCUUAUGCAAAUGAUAAUUUACUAAAUGAUAAAUGUCAUUUACCUGUUGAUUAACGGUAUAAGAGCACAGAAUAAAAUGCAUUUAAGUGGCUAACUUUUCCAUUA